GUAGCAACCCGGAACUCCUGUGUAGUUUUUUUUUUUGCACGUGUGGACGCUGGCGCGUGCGGGAAAAUCAAAGAUAAAAUGAGUGAAGAAGUCAGUUCCGGCUCCUCCCAGAUGCACAAAUGGCCUGAAGCUGAAGCUCCUUGUAGAAAGCGAGAAGACUACCUGGAGUGGCCUGAAUAUUUUAUGGCAGUUGCCUUCCUGUCAGCUCAAAGAAGCAAAGAUCCUAGCUCUCAGGUGGGUGCCUGCAUUGUUAAUCCUGAGAACAAAAUCGUUGGGAUUGGCUACAAUGGAAUGCCAAAUGGAUGUGAUGAUGACCUCCUUCCAUGGGCCAGAACAGCGUCAAACAAACUGGAUACCAAGUAUCCUUAUGUGUGCCAUGCAGAGCUGAAUUCAAUUAUGAACAAGAAUUCAGCUGAUGUGAAGGGAUGCACAAUGUAUGUUGCUUUGUUCCCUUGUAAUGAAUGUGCAAAGCUCAUCAUCCAAGCAGGUAUAAAGGAUGUGAUUUAUAUGUCUGACAAAUACCAUGAUACUCCAGAAAUGGCAGCAUCCAGACGUUUGUUUGACUUGGCUGGGAUUGAGUACAAGCAGUUUGCUCCAAAAUGCAGGAAGAUUGUCAUUGAUUUUGAUUCGAUUAACCACUCUGGAAUAAACCAAGAGACCAAAUGAAUUAUUUCACCUUUGUUUGAUGGAGCUUAUCAUGUAUUUUGAGUUUUCACAUUAAUGCAGAAGAUUGUUUAUUUAACUUUAUUAUGCUAAAUUUUGUUUCGUACUUUACAUCAUUGUGUAACCUUGGUGUAAAAAUACAUGUACAUAUAGUAUUCUAUUGAUUAUCUUUUAGAAAUCCACUGCAAACGUUUCUCUGUAGUUACAUCAUGUGCAUUACCUUGUAGUAUGGUUAUUGAAUUAAAUUGUUAAAUUAUGCAAAAUAUGGCUAAGUACUAUUCUUAAAUGCAGUAGUUAAUAAAUUUGCUAUUUAAAGAAAUACAAUUUAAAAAAAAAUAAAAAGAAAACCACUGAAAAAUA